GUUUGAAACACAUGACACUUCUUGCAGCCAGCUACUUGUGUUGCAGCCAAUUUUGGAUCAAGACUCUUCUCCCGUUAGUAAAUAGACCUUGGAGCUCUAGUACAUUUGGAGGACUGGUGGUGGAGAACUGAGAACCUAUCGGUGGGAGAAUCAUCUCCAAUAUGGAUAAUAAGGACAUUGGACCCUGAGGGUGAUAAGUGAUCCAGGAAGGAGGACUCCCACAGAUAAAGUUUUCUUUGGAAGACAAUGGUCCUUCUCAUUAAUGACCCACCAAGUAUGGACCAGCACAGAAACCACAUGGCUGCAAGGAUAUUAGACCUCACCCUGGAGAUCAUCUACCUGAUAACUGGAGAGGAUUACACAGUAGUGAAGAAGUCGUCUGCGGAGUGUGUGACACCCCAUGUGUCAGGUGAAUGGAGCAGGACCCCAGGAGCCAUCACCGAGCCUCCACCUCAUUCACUGAUACAUGAGCAGAAGAUCCUAGAACUUACCAACAGGAUCACUGAGCUGCUGACCGGAGAGGUUUCUAUAAGGUGUGAGGAUGUCGCUGUCUAUUUCUCCAUGGAGGAGUGGGAGUAUUUAGAAGGACACAAGGAUCUGUACAAGGACGUCAUGAUGGAGGAUCACCAGCACCUCACAUCAUCGGAUGAGUCCAGUAAGAAAAAUCUACCACAGAGAUGUCCCAGUCCUCUAUAUUCCCAGGACUGUCCUGAGGAAAACCAGAAUGUCCCUUUGGAUCAUCAGGAACGUUAUGGUGGAAUAGCCAGUGGACCUGAAAACCCUGUGAAUGGUGAAAAAUGUACGAGAGGCUCCGACUCACAUCUGCUGUUAUCUCCCUCUUAUAAUAUAGAAGAUAAUCAAUCACGGCUUGGUACAAAUAGACCUGUACAUAGACUGGGUAAAAUUUAUACAUGUUCUAAAUGCGGAAAGCAAUUUAAAACGAAACGUAACCUUUCCAUACAUGAAAGAAUUCACAAGCCAUUUAAAUGUUCAGAAUGCGGAAAAUGUUUUACUCAGAAAUCAAGUCUCGUGACACAUCAGAGAAUUCACACAGGAGAGAAGCCUUUUCCAUGUUCAGAAUGUGGGAAAUGUUUUAACCUUAACUCAGAGCUUGUGAGACAUCAAAGGGUUCACACAGGAGAGAAGCCAUAUUUAUGCUCAGAAUGUGGGAAAUGUUUUAGCCAGAGAUAUAAUCUUGUGAAACAUUUAAGAACUCACACUGGCGAGAAGCCAAAUUCAUGUUUAGAAUGUGGGAAAUGUUUUAUCCUUAACUCAGAGCUUGUGAUCCAUCAGAGAACUCACACAGGGGAGAAGCCAUUUUCAUGCUCAGAAUGUGGGAAAUGUUUUAGCCAGAAAUAUAGUCUUGUGGGACAUCUGAGAACUCACACAGGAGUUAAGCCUUAUUCAUGUUUAGAAUGUAGGAAACGUUUUAGUAAAAAGAAAAAUCUGGUUGUUCAUCUGCGAACUCACACAGGGAAGAAGCUACAUUCAUGUUCAGAUUGUGGGAAAUGUUUUAACCAUGAAUCAGAUCUCGUGAAACAUCGACAAACUCACACAGGAGAAAAGCCAAAUUUGUGUUCAGAAUGUGGCAAAUGUUUUAACCAGGAAUCUGACCUCCUGAAACAUCUAAAAACUCACACAGGAGAAAAGCCAUACUCAUGUACAGUAUGUGGGAAAUGUUUUCGUCAGAGAACAAAUCUUGCGGCACAUCUGAGGACCCACACAGGAGAGAAGCCGUUUUCGUGUUUAGAAUGUGGAAAAUGUUUUAGGCAGAGAUAUAGUCUUGAUGGACACCAGAGAACUCACACAGGAGAGAUGCCAUUUUCAUGUUCUGAAUGUGGGAAAUUUUUCAGUCACAAAUCAAGUCUUGCAAAACAUCUAAGAAUUCACACAGGAAUGAAGCCAUUUUCAUGUCCUGAAUGUGGGAAGUGCUUUAGUCACAAAUCAGGUCUUGUGAAACAUCUGAGAACUCACACAGGGAUGAAGCCAUUUUCAUGUACAAUAUGUGGGAAAUGUUUUAGCCAAAAAUCAGGCCUUGUGUCACAUCAGAGAAGUCACACAGGUGAGAAACCAUUUUCAUGUACACUAUGUGGGAAAUGUUUCAGCCAGAAAUCAGGUCUUGUGGCGCAUCAGAAAACUCACACAGUUGAGAUGCCGCUGUAACGUUCUGAUUGUAUGAAAUGAGACAGGUGUGAAGCUCCAGUUUAAGGACUCCUGCACACAAACGUCUGCGCCCCGUGGCCUUGCUGCGGGCCACAAUGCAUGAACACCGACCAUGGGGCAGCCGCAGCCGAUUGUCGACCCAUUCGCUUUAAUGGGUCCGCGACCCGCCCGUUCCACAUAAAGAUAGGACGUGUUCUAUCUUUUUGCGGAACGGAAGCACGGGACGACACUUACGGAGUGCUUCCGUGGGUUUCUAUCCCACGCUUCUGUUCCGCACCAUUCCGCAUCUCUGGAUUUGCGGACCCAUUGAAGUGAAUGGGUCUGGAUCAGUGAUACGGAAUGCCCAUGGAAUGGUGUCCGUGUAAAUGCGGUCCGCAAUACGGCAACGGGCAGCGCACGUUUGUGUGCAGGACGCCUAAGACUGAUAGACAGAAAGGGGGGAUUACCUCUUGAAGCCUCUGUCAAGGAAUUCAGUCAUAAUUGACAGGAAGAAUAGUGCAGCAUGAUGCACUAUUCUUCCGUUAUAUAUGACAAAUAAUGUGGUGGAACCCAAUAGACCUCAUUGUGAAUGGGCUCAGUUGGGAGCAGCUGAUGUCCACUAUAUAUGAAUAAGACAGCACUCCAUUUUAUUAGUAUUUCUGCUCCUCUGACAGCACAGGAAAAUGGAAAAAUUGGUGGGAAUUUGGAAAAAUUAGAAUAAUUUCCCCCAGUAAACUGUUGGUAUUAAAAUACUACUCCAGUCUUGGUUCAGUAUUAUCAGGGGUCAAACUCUGCUUCUCCUCUGUUCAAGCCCCCCUCUUCUCUUAGAUAUAUUGUGUGCACUGCAAACAGUGCACAGACCGGACAGUCUGCAGGCAGGUGAGCAUGCCACUCGCUCUCCUCUGCCUGCUGGGCGCUGCACUGGCCAAUCAGCUUUUAGCAGUGCCAGGCUCAUGCUGCUGAUUGGCUCGUACAUCGCAGCAGCAGGAGAAAGAAGUGAGCGAGCGGAACUUACUCACUGCCUGCUCAGUCACCCACCAUACUCCAGCACCCAGCAGACCCCCUCCCCAUGAACUCUGCCUGGGGCACAGUAACCAUCGGAAGCAAAAAAA